AUGGAGAACGACGCUGGGUUGUGCUACAAAAAAUGCCGCGACGGCUUCGAUGGCGUCGGUCCCGUGUGCUGGGGCGAGCCGCCCACCGGCUGGGUAAACUGCGGCAUGGGCGCCGCGGUGGACAAGGCCACGUGCGGCAGCGCCAUCGCCGACAUGGUCCUCGGGCCGCUAGAGAUCAUCGCUUUCGCGGCCUCGUUCGGGACGUCGACCGCGGCCACGGCGCCCGCGAAAGCUGCAGCGAAAGCGGCGAAGGGCGCCGCCAAAGAACUCGCGGAGCAGGGGACCGAAUCACUCGUGAAGCAAGUCAAAAAGCAAGUCGUGGAGACCACAGGCGAGUCCAUGGCGACCGGAGGCGGCGCGCAGCUGGUGUCGUCCAUCGGCGGGCUGCAAAAAUCACCGUCAACCGUCGACACCCUUCGCAAAGCCAUGGAAAUCGCCGCGCUCGUCGACCCCACCGGCGUGUCUUCCACCGUCGCCGCGUACGCGCACGACAAGUGCGAUAAGAUCUCGCCGUGA